AUACAUAACUUGAAAAAAAAAAAAACAACAAUGGCGUUUGUCAUCAAGCCAGUAAAAUAGACACUUUAUUUACCGGGUUUUAUUAUUGUUUAUGUAAACAAUCCCAAUGGAAAAUUAAAACUCCAAAGUAAUGAAAAAAAUAAUUGUAAAAAAUUAAAGUUAAUUUAACAAUAAAAUAAUAAUUUUAGUUUAUUAUUUCCAAAUUAUUAUCAUAAAGUUUUGAUAUAUAAUUUAAUGACAUAUUUUUAUUAAGUGUCAAAAUGGUAUCACUCGUAAAAAUUGCAUUUUCCAUUAUAUUUUUUGCAUUUUUUGCAAGCUCUGCAGCAUCCAGGGUAAUUGAAUUGAGUGACAGAUUUUUGGAUAUUCACAAAGAAGGACAAUGGCUUGUUAUGAUGUAUGCACCAUGGUGUGCUCAUUGUAAAAGAUUGGAACCAGUUUGGGCUCAUGUAGCACAAUAUUUGUACUCAUCAUCAGUACGUGUUGGACGUAUUGAUUGUACAAGAUUUACAAAUGUUGCUCAUACAUUUAAAAUACGUGGUUUUCCAACAAUAUUAUUUUUAAAAGGUGAUCAACAAUUUAUAUAUGAUGGUGAUCGUACUAAAGAUGAACUUGUUAAAUUUGCCAUGAGAUUAAGUGGUCCAACUGUACAAGAAAUAACAAGAACUCAAAGUUUCGAUACAAUUAAAAAUGAUCGUGAUCUUUAUUUUCUAUAUGUCGGUGAUAAAAUUGGUCAUUUAUGGGAUAUAUAUUAUAAAACAGCUGAUAAAUAUCAACAACAUGCAUUUUUUUAUCAAUCACAUCAAGAUGUUGUUGAUAAUCAUGCACCAGUUAUAAAAGUACCAACAAUAUUUGUUUACAAAGAAAAUUUACAUUAUAAUUUUUCUAUAAAUGAUGAUAAUGAUUAUGAUAAAAUAAAUGAUACAAUGCAAAAAUGGAUAAAUUCAGAAAGAUUUCCAACAUUUCCAAAAGUUACAAGAGGUAAUAUUAAUCAAUUAUUUUUAACAAAUAAAAAUCUUGUAUUAGCUGUUGUUGAAGAAAAUGCUGUUGAAGAUAUUUCACAAGAUAUGAUUGAAUUUCGUGAUAUGGUUGAAUCAGUUAUUAAAAAUAAAAGACAUAAGUAUCAUGAUUAUUUUCAAUUUGGAUGGAUUUCGAAUACUGAGUUAGUUAAUAGUAUUGCUAUGAUGGAAAUGACAAAGCCAAGUCUAUUAGUUAUUAACACAAGUACAAGUCAUCAUCAUAUACCUGAUGAUGAACCAAGUAAAUUAACACCACAAGCUAUUGAAUUAUUUUUGGAGCAUAUUCAAAAUGAUACUGCAACGAGAUAUGGAGGAAACAACGUUGUCGUAAGAUUUUAUAGAUGGUGGUUUGAAACUAAAAUGACACUUGCAUCAAUGUGGAAAGGAAAUCCAAUAUUGACAAUGUUACUUUUUGGACUUCCAGCAUUAUUUUUGUCACUUAUAUUUUAUGGUAUAUGUUGUCCAGAUAUAUUGGAUGCUGGUGAUGAUGAUGAAGAAGAAGAAGACGAGUCCAAUGACAGCAGUCAUAUGAAAAAGGACUAAAAAAAAAAACAAGCCAACAGCUAUAAACUGUAUUUUUUAAAUUAGAAAAUAUACCUCAUAGAUAUGAACUGCCCAAAACUCAAACUAAUCAACGAGUAAUGAUGAAAAAAUUUAUGGGUCAACACUUUUAGUUUGUACAGCUCAACAAGAAUAUAAAAACCAAAGAAAUGAGAUUUUUAAAAAUCAGACAAUACUAGGGAGUCGAUGAAUGAAUCAUUUUCAUUAUUUAAAUAAUUUUUUUUUUUUUUUUAUUAAAAUUCAUUUGGUUCUUGUUGAUUGUAUGUGUGUGUGUGUGUGAUUGUAAUUUAUUUAUUUGUUUUUUUUAAUUACAAAAUCAUGGUGCAUUCCAGAUCUAAGUCAUGGAUUUAAAAUUAUGAUAAAUUGUUGGACUAAUUUUCAGCAUUGAUAAAUCAAUUGUUAUUAUUUAUUUAUUUUUUCUUUGAAGAUUGAGUUAAUCAAU